AUGUCAGAAGCACGCUACAUGCACAGCACUCUCUACCAUUUCGGGGAGCAAGCACGUAUCGCUGUUAUCCGCCACUUUCACGAGAAGAUGAACGACAUUGCUGCAAGGGUCUGGUACAAUACAACGAAAGACAUAUUUGUGCUCGAGUGCCCAGGAGGCGAUGAUCAUCGCGACAUGGGAGCCAACGCAGACGAGACCCUGUCUCUCUCCAUCCAGAUAUAUAUUGACGAAGAGCUAGAAGCCACUCAGCGCGAGGAGCGGACCCCCAGGAUUGAACGCUUUGCCGGAAGUAUCAUUGACGACGUUGAGGUCGACUUUGAUGGCACUCACGACGUCCCAGCAUCAGCACAGAUGACAUUCUCGUCACUGCAGUCUUCACCUGCGAGGAAGAAUUCUGCAUUGCAUCUGAUCCACACGGAAUUGAAGGAUCCUACGCUGAGACUGUUCCACCUGGCGGACCUGCCGCCUGGCAUGAUGAGACGAGUCCUUGUCGAUGUGGAUGACAUGAAGGCGAAGCGGCUAAUCAACAUUGGUACCACUGUACGAGUCGCACGCGGAGAAGAUCGCACCUUCAAUGGCCAUAUCGGCGCGCCAGUCAGCUCGCAGGACGCAGUAAACGAACAAAUACUGCUUGACCCGGUAACCUUUCCACGGCUAUCAGGCACGGCUGUAUUACAAGGGGAUGUCGACAGGCCUCCCGUGACUCUGUGGAAGUUCAAAGACGGGCAGGAAGUGAGCAUCAAGCAAUGGCAAAUGGGCAUCGGCGAAGUAGAAUAUUUCGAGGAGACUGAGGAGAGGGCAGAGGUUCCAAAGGACACGCUCAAACUGCUCGCGACCGAGGAUCCAGCCCUCGGCCGGGCUCGUGUGGUGAAAGGGGCUCAAAUGCUGCCGGCCGACGAUGUCUCUGAAAGUGAGGCGGAGGAUGCUGAACUGCCAAGAACGACGUUCAGCCAGCUGUGCCAUUCGCAGCAUGACGGCGACUCCGAGUCUGAAAAUUCCGACAGUGCAUCAGAUUCUUCCAAGAGAGAGGCGAGCAUAGACCGGAAGCGCAAUUUCACCAGUUUACUUGCACGGCCGUCAGUUGCCACCAAGGUACCGUCUUUAAACUCCGUCACUGUAACAGGAACUCCACCGACCGUGGUCCGCCCGGGUGACUCUCGAGGGCAUGAAGCUGUUGCGAUCAACGACGGGAGCACCAGCCAUACAGAAGACGACCGCCAAGACUCUGGGGUUGUGCACGAGCAAGACUUCAAGUCUCAUGGUCAGCCAUGGGCAAAUGUUGAUAGUGUUGGCCUCAAGGCGAACGCAACCAGCCAGGCUCGAUGGAAGCUCGAACACCCAGAGCCGCAGAAGACGACCAAGAGGAUUACCAGGCUCAUACCGACUUCGCGCAUCUCCACAGUGAAUGCCACAGAGGAUAGCACCUCCGCAAGUGUGAGUGUGAGCUCUGGUUGCGAACCCGAGAUGGCGCGCAAGCCCAGGUCACACGCUUUGAGUGCAACCCAAGCUUCUGUUCGCGAAGUUUCAUGUGGUCUCCCGGCAGAAGAGAAGGCAGACUGGGAGAGCAUAGUCGUGCCGCACAGCGUGGCAGAGGGCAGACUCAUAGACGACUUUGCGCCAGUUUCUAGGUCGAGCACGGCGAAGUACCCACCUGGUCUCCCUCCUACUCGCACGGCAGUGGUGAGGCAGGCAUUGGAGAGCAGUCAGCGAUGCCGGAAUACUCAGAUCGAGGGCAUACUCAUCGAUGUACCGAACGAAGUCGCUGCGGCGACUAAGUCGUCCGCCUCAGCACGCUCUCACAAGAGAAUGCAUCGUCACCGUGCUCUAGUCCCUCAAGACAAUGAUGCCUCCGGAUAUGCAGCGCCAGCUUCAGUACCAUUCGCCAAUGAUGAUGCCGGUGAAAUUGUCGAGCGUCUAGGAAAGGAACCCGUGGGUCCAGACAAGAAGUACACCAUGAGCCAGAAAGUGCAAAAGAAGGACAAAGGCGAGCACAACGUCCCGUUGAACGGCUCGAGGAAGAUCAAAGCCCAGCUGGAACUACCAGAUCCAAUUCCGCUUCCCAAGAAGAGGACACCCGCAUCAGCAAACAAAAAGACCUCCACUGCGCCGGUCAAGGCUAAGGCCGUGGAGAAGACACAACCUUCAGCGUCUGUACCAAACUAUGAGCCUGCGCAAGAGCCAGUCACUACACCACCAACUACCAGACUCGUCGAGAUGAUCAACAGUGCGCGAGCCGCACGCCCGAACAUGAAGGUUGAAGUUACCUGCGAGCUCGGCUUGCUACUCAGCACAUUCAACAAUCAGCCCACGAACAGGAAGGUGCCUCUUUUCGACAAUCUGCUCAACGGGAUAAGCACGCAAGUCUUCCUGCCCCGUCUCACAACAUCAACAAGCGACGCCAUUCAUAUCCUGGGCACGGCCAGCCAAGGCACACUCUCCACCAGAGGGCACUAUGAGCUUCUACUCAAAGACCUCUCUGGCACCAUGAAAUGGCUGAUCUGUGAUGGAGAUUUGACGGCCGUUACAGAACGCAGCGCCGAGCCCUUCACCACGGCAUACAUGCACUAUCCAUAUCGAGUGUGGGAUGCCAAAUGGACGGUCAAUGCCACCCCAGCGACAGCAGAUCUCAAUGUGGUUGGCAAAUUCAUCGCAUCGAUGCACACUAUUGACGAGGCGCCAUCGUUCUCAGCUCGUAUGCCAUCGACAUUCAACGUUGAGCAGGUCUUGGCAGUAUCAGAGUACUCGGUGGUCACACAAGAGGGCGUAAGGGUCGUGGUCACAGAGUCUCGAGCACUGAAGCUUGAAUCUAGACAAGCGAAGGGUGAAUCGGACCCAAAUCUGAAAGCCAUACAAUCGGGAACUAGGGACGAGCUUAUUGCUGGCGGACGAUUGUGGUGGCAAGCUAGGGUGGAGGCUGGGGAGUGCGAGAGUAUUGAGAAGAUGGGUGAAGUUGUGGAUCGCUUGAUGUGUGAGAUGGAUGGAGUGGGCUAUGGUAAUGUGGGGCCGUGGGAUGGUGCUGAUGUUCACGAAGCUCCGGCGGUGCCAGAGAUUCCGUACUGGUGA